AUCAAGGAUCAUCAUCACUGCCAGUGUCUGUGGCUUGUAACCAGAGGGAAAAAAACUGAAGUAGCAUGUAGCAUUUGGGGUGUAGAGGAAUUUAUCUAAUGCGUAGUAUCGCCGGUAUACUGUUGUUCACCUGUGUACCUUAUUAGGUAACAUUUCUAACUAGUUCAUAUAAUCUUAAUAAUAGUGCUAGUCAUGUUAGCCACCUGACAGAUCUGAUCUGCCGACUGUUGUGUCGGAUUCUAAAGGAAAAUAGGCAGUUGGCCAACUAGCAUGACAGCGAUGGUAAACGAGAUGGAUUAGCUAACGUCAGGUCUCGUUUUGGUGGAAGAUAUAGAUUAUCACGCAUCUUCGAAAUCAUCGGCAAACUGGCUUUGGUAACGCGAAAGUCUAUGCAGUUAAAUUACUUAAUGAAUGGGAUAUCAUACCCAUCUAUCGCGCUAGUAACGUUAAAUGCAUGUUAGCUAGCUAUGCUAGCAAUAGAAGAAUUGCAUUGCGAACAUAGAUAGCCAUCUCUAGUUAUGAUUUCUUAAUUCAGCUCGAUAGCCAGCUAAUGUUGGCGGCUGGUUGGUUAUUCAGUAAAUUGUAACGUUUGACAGUAGGGCGUCUAAAAUCAUUAUUGAUUGGUAUAACAUUAAUUAGUGUGUUCUGUUAAUAAGUUUGUUAGCUUGCGAGCCCACUGUCUGAAGAUAACGUUAGCUUCUAGCUGAACUAACGUUAUUCGAGAUGGCUACUGCCUCAGGUCUCCCCCCUGGUAUGAGCGGAUCCAGGAGUGGACCAUCGGUAACCACGUCGUCUUCUGGAAUUCCAGGACAGGCGCAACCUAUGGUGGUUGUAUGGGAAUGGCAAGAUGAUUUCGGCUACUGGCGACCUUAUAGUGGCCAGGUGAGUUGUUAUAUUGAACAAUGCCUGCUACAUCAAAGAGGAUCAAGAGGUGGACCAGCUUCAACUAGCAUCUCGCUUGGACAGUCGGAUCCUAGCCUGGCGGCUUAUAUAAUUGACAUCCCAAAUUUGAAGCAAUUUCGGCAGGAUACUGGAAAACUGCGCUGCGUGCGCCGAAGCUUGUUCCCCCAGUCCUCAGCUUUGAGCAGCGGUGUCUUCUGGGAGUGGGCCAAUGAUGAAGGAGGGUGGACUGCAUAUGAGAUACGCACCUCCAUUUUGCUUGAGCACAGCUACCAGGCUGGACAGGCCACUGCUGACCUCGGGCCCCACGGGUACAACUACAUUGUGGACCUAACCGCACUGGCUCAAGUGAACAAGACCUCGGGCUUCAGACGCCAGGUCCGCCGCCAGGCCACUGUGCCGUACUCGCUGGCCACGAGCUCCGUGAUCCAUUCCGGUCCGGCGUGCACCUGUCAGCAGUGUCUGAGCCACAGCAGUACCACUGGUCCCAUGCCCAGUCGAUCCCGGCACUCCUUCUCCGCUGGUCAGGCCAACAGGCCCAGCUUCCAGGGCCACGGACGCGCUGCCGGGAGCGUCCCCUCCUCGGUGUACUCCCCCUACCCCAGGAGGCCCCUGUCAGUGGGGAACAUGUCUUGGGGUGGCCCCUGGAGCCCUGCGUCUUCCACGGCUCAGCCGUCAGGAGCAGGGCCCGUAAGUGGAGCUGGACUGUCAUAUGCUCCCAGUACGAAUGGAUUAAGCGUCCCGACCAUCCCUGUCCACCUGAAUGGGUCCAGCAGCGUGAGCUCGGCCCUGGCAGGCAUGGCUUCCAUUUUGAUGUCAGCAGCCGGACUCGGAGUUGGCUUCACGCGCGCCCCCCACUGUCAGCGUGGCGCGGGCAGGUCCUCCAAAAGCCAGGACGGGGGCGCCGUUAGGAGGGCAAAGAGGCAGCCCAGGACAGGUGGAGCUCAAAAACCAGAGGAUGUCAUUCAGAGGUACAUGGAGGAGGUGGCGCCACCUGCUGACGAGGAUUGCAUCAUUUGUAUGGAGCGCCUGAUGUCUCCCUCUGGCUAUGACGGCGCCUCUGAGGGGGGACGGUCGAUACAGCCCAGCGCCGUGGGAAAGCUGACCAAAUGUGGACACACUCUACACAUGCUGUGCAUGCUGGCCAUGUACAACAAUGGAAACAAGGACGGCAGCCUUCAGUGUCCUUCUUGCAAGACAAUCUACGGGCAGAAAACAGGAACCCAGCCGAAGGGCAAGAUGGAGAUCUACAGUGUGUCUCAAUCGCUUCCUGGACAUGCAGACUGUGGAACAAUUCAAAUAGUGUACAACAUCUUACCAGGGAUCCAGGGCCCAGAGCAUCCCAACCCAGGCCAGCCGUACACCUGCAGAGGCUUCCCACGCUUCUGCUUCCUGCCCGACAAUGAGAAGGGCAGAAAGGUGUUGGAACUGUUGAAAAUCGCAUGGACUCGACGGCUCAUUUUCACUGUCGGCACGUCGAGUACCACGGGGGAGCCUGACACGGUGGUGUGGAACGAGAUCCACCACAAGACCGAAAUGAUGUCGAACAUCUCUGGCCACGGCUACCCAGACCCCAACUACUUGGAAAACGUGCUGGCCGAGUUGGCAUCACAGGGGGUGACAGAAGAGUGCCUAAAACAGGAGCGACGGAAUCAGGGAACGCCAAGCCCCAGCCACUGAUUGGCCCUCCUCAUCCACAUACCAUCUCUAAGCAAUCAUUGAUUAAUUAAUGAUUAAUACAGAAGGGAGUUUAGCCUUAUGUAGUGUUCUGUGUGGGACUCUGGUGUGUGAGCGUGUGAACGUGGAUUGUAUGGUGCCAAAGGCAUGCGUUAAUCGAUUGCUCCAUCCAGCCUGGUCUGUUUUAAUCCUGCACUCCACCUGCGUCCAUACAAGCUCAAGAGCCUUGAGUGGAAAGCAACAGAGACAAAAUGUCAGACUAACCCAAGGGUACAUGUUUUGUUUUCUUCUUCCAUUAUGGCGAGAAUUAGAAUUAUUUUGUCCUGUUGCAAAGCCUGUUUCAGACACAAAAACUUCAAUAUGUAGCAUAAAAAUAUUUCACACUUUUUUCCGUGCUAUCUGUUUUUUAUCUUGAAAAAGACAAAGCAGAGAUUGGCUUUCAGGCACCCUGGAGUGCAGUGAGAUCAUCCAAAAGGGGCGGGCUGAGAGAAAAAAUAAGGCGUUAAACGCUUUUGAUGAUUGGAGGCCUUAAGAAGGAUCAAAGUCGUGUUUCUGUUGAAUAUACGUUAUGUGGCUGGCAGCUACAGUCGGAAACAUACAUACAUUUCUGUGGCACUUUAGUUUUUACAGUGCAUUUAAUCAUGAAAUAAUUCCAAGGGUGACGUUCCACGUGCGUGCUGAUCUGUGCAGCAUCAUUUCAAAUGAACAGCUCUGUCAUUUGCCGUUUGGAUUUGUAUCAUUUGCAGCAUUAGAGACAGUAUGAGAGCUCCUCUGUGGCACUGUCAACUUAUACCCUAUGAAAUGAGCUGCCAGUGUCUCUUGAACGUGGCAUGUACUAUUCCACAGAGUGCAGAAUGUGAAUACCGUGAAAGUUUAUAAAGUAUUUGUUUAUAGACAGGAUUGGGGUCAGUGCAAGGUGGUGUUUUUUUCCCCCCCGCAAGUACUGUUAAGUUUAUUUUUAAUUCAGGUUUCUAUGACAAACACUGUCAGCAACUUAAAUAGAAGUGCAACCACAAUCAGACAUGAGAUGUGUUCAGUUCCAGUGAAUUCACCUGCUGCAUUUCAGUUCAGGAAGCACAAGGGACAUAAGGAACAUAAACAUGAUGGUAUUGUUUGUAUUCCUUAGUAGGCUCUCACAAUGCAUAAAGCAUUCCUCUUCUAAAAAGAUUAGUUGGCGCUAAUCUCUAGUGCCACCUCAACCAGUAAGCCACCAUUUUUUCUGCUUAAUUUGGUUUAAGCUUCAUGUACUGUAUGUGUUUUGAAUGAAUAGAAAAACAUACUGGGAAGAUUAUUAUGAUAGUGCAAGGCAAACAAGUUGCCAUUUUGAGACCUUGUCACUUAAAACUCUUUAAUUCUAAGUCUCUUGGCUAUUUCAUCCUAACUUUCACAGUCUGGUCAACCUUAUGCACUUCAUAGGAUCCAUUUGGUGGAGUGUACAGUUGUAUGCAAGCAUAUAUUUAACAUUAUACUGCAAUAAAUGAACAAUUCAUACAAAUUA